AUGAAGAAACGUGAUUUUAUUUCCCCUCUUUCAGUGACGUACUGGACGUACACGGGUUCAGUAGGCCAGUCCAAGUGGGCGGAUUACUCCCCAGACUGUGGUGGUACGGCCCAGUCUCCGGUUGACGUGGAAACGGUCCAGACCCAGUAUGACCCCUGCCUGGGCCCUCUUACCCCCCUCGGUUAUAGCCAGCACGGCAACAAACCCUUCAGCCUCUACAACAACGGACAUACAGUGGUGGUUCCUCUCCCAGGCUGGAUGGGUUUAGGGGGGCUGCCCUGGCAGUUCACGGCCGUCCAGAUGCACCUGCACUGGGGCAACGGAGCCCCGGAGGCUGGGGGCAGCGAACACACCAUCAACGGUCAGAGCUCCGCUGCAGAGUUGCAUGUGGUGCACUACAACUCAGAGCUGUACCCUAACAUGUCAGUGGCUAUGACCCAGCAGGAUGGACUGGCAGUCCUGGGAGUCCUCAUAGAGACAGGUGAGGAGGCUAACCAGGCCUUUUGGAACAUUCUCAACUACCUGGGUCGUGUCAGACAUGCAGGUCAGAGUGUGUCCAUCCCAGCCUUUGAUGUCCAGUCCCUCCUGCCCUCUGACCUGGGGCGGUACUACCGAUACAAUGGCUCCCUCACCACUCCUCCCUGCUUCCAGAGUGUCCUCUGGACCCUCUUCACAGAGACCGUCAAAAUCUCACACACACAGCUGAUGAAGCUGGAGACAGUGCUGUAUGCCAGUAAGGAGGACGCUGACCGCGUCGUCAUGCAGGACAACUACCGUACACCUCAACCACUUAACGACCGGACCAUCCUCUCAUCCUUCCCAUUAGAAUCAGUGAAGAUGUACACUGCCGGAGAGAUCACAGCGAUAGUAAUAGGAGCUCUGUGUGGCUGUGUUGGACUGGCUGUCAUCAUUCGCUUCAUAGUGAAGACUAUACGCUCCACCUCUAGCUGGGACGUCCUGCCCAGCGUCAGGCCCGCCCCCGUGCCCAGGACUAAGGAGCCAGGGAAGGAGCUGAAACAGGACGUGGCCCUCAACACGACCUCUGAACCAGGAAAAAAAGAAGAUCCUGUCCCCUCCUCAGUCUGA